AUGUCUCUAGAAACUGAUGAUGCCCACGAAAAUGACUGGUACAACCAAGACUUUGGCGAAUAUCGCAUCACUGAGCAUCCCUUGUAUACCAAGAGACAGCUACGAGUAAUCUGUGUCGGAGCAGGUGCAUCUGGACUGCAGCUUGCCUACAAGGCAGACCGUCUCUUGGACAACGUUGUUCUGCAGAUAUACGAGAAGAACUCAGAUAUCGGAGGAACAUGGCUUGAAAACCGCUACCCUGGGUGCACUUGUGACAUUCCUAGUCAUAGCUAUCAGUUCACUUGGGCGAGGAACCCUAACUGGUCCCAUUAUUACUCGUCGUCGGAAGAAAUAUGGAAGUAUUUCAAAGAUGUCUCCAGAAAGUAUGAUCUCGAAAAGUAUAUCGAAUUCAAUACAACAGUAAAAACAGUGACUUGGAAUGAAGACAGAGGAACAUGGAAUGUUAGUGUUCUGCAUCCAGAUGGUUCACAGUCCAACGAUUGGUGUGACAUCUUGAUCAGCGCUUGUGGAAAUUUGAAUUCUUGGAAAUAUCCGAAUAUCCCUGGCUUACAGCUAUUCAAGGGGAAGCUGAUGCACAGUGCCACCUGGGACAAGUCCUACGAUCUCACUGGAAAGAAAGUUGCUGUCGUCGGUGGUGGCUCUUCCGCUGUCCAAAUCAUUCCGUCAAUUCAACCCAAGGUAAAGCAUUUAGUGGCAUUUUUGAGAUCUCCAGUCUGGAUCACAUCAGGUUUCGCAUCCAAGUAUGCCGGGCCUGGUGGUUCCAAUUUCAAAUAUUCCUCAGAGCAGAUGAAGAAAUUUGAAAAUGACCCGGAAGGUUAUACCCAGUAUUGUCGUGACAUCGAGGGAGAGCUGAAUCGACGUUUCACUUUGAUGCAGUUGAGCAGCGAAGAUCAGAAACAAUCCCGUCAAGAAGUGAGCGCCCAGAUGACUGAGCAACUAGGAGGCGACGACCGCCUAGCUAAGAAACUUAUUCCUGAAUUUGCGUUGGGUUGUCGCCGGAUGACACCGGGCUCGGGGUAUCUUAGGUCCUUAACAGCAAAGAAUGUAGAUGUUGUUUGCGAAUCCGUGGUACGGUUUACAGAAAAUGGUAUUGUUGAUGAAUCCGGCGUUGAGCAUGAGGUAGAUGUAAUCAUAUGUGCUACCGGCUUUGACACGUCUUUUACACCCCAUUUCAAUGUCAUUGGUCGGGGUGGGCGAGAUAUCAAAUCUCAGUUUGGUGAAUUUCCUGUCGGAUACAUGGGUAUCAUGGCGAAGAACUUUCCUAAUCUAUUCCUCAUGAUUGGUCCCAAUGGCCCAGCCAGUCACGGCUCAAUCAUCCCGGUCCUAGAGUGGUAUACACGAUACAUCUUUGCAGUUAUCGAAAAGGUUCAGAGAGAAAACAUCAAGUCGUUUGAACCAAAGGAGGAAGCAAUCAAAGACCUAUAUAACCAUACCCACGAAUUGAUGAAAAGACUUGUUUGGUCAUCCGCGUGUCGGUCUUGGUUCAAAAACGGCAAGGUCCAUGGCCCUGUCACUGCCAUCUAUCCCGGGAGUCGACUUCAUUUCUUUGAGGUGUUGAAGCAUGUGCGUUGGGAGGACUUCGAACUUGGGUAUCGAACGAAAAACAGGUUUCAAUUCAUGGGCAAUGGAUAUACUCAUACCGAAUUGCAAGUUAAUGGAGAUCCAGUAUGGUACUUUGACGAUGACUUCACAAAGGUGUAA